CUGGGGGAAAGCCGGAGAACGUACCCGUUUAAAAAAAAAAAGAAUCCAAACCGCCCAAACCUGUCUUGAACUGCAUUUUAGUGUCUUCUUAGGGUUCAGCGACAGGCCAAAGUUAUCUUCUCUUUUGGAUUUCAUAUAUGGCCAACUGAUGUAGCCAAGAGUUACAGCACACAGAAGUCAGAGCUUCAGAAUGACCGAGGAAGCAUGCAGAACACGGAGUCAAAAACGAGCACUUGAACGUGAAACAACCCUAAAUGAUGUGGAUAGUAAAAAAAUAAAGAUGGAGAAAGGAUUACUGGGAUCAGACCACAAGAGUGAAGGUGAUGUGAAAAUGAAGUCUGAGCCUGGAGCAGCCAAAGUCCAAGGAUUACUAAAAGGAGGUGAAGUUAAGGCAACUAUUAAGGUGGAAGUACAAACAGAUGAUGAGCCAGUGGAUAUGAGUACCUCAAAAAGUGAUAUGAAGCCAGAGAAGAGAGUUCCCUCACCUGAUAUUAUAGUGUUAUCAGACAAUGAGCCUUCAAGUCCUAGAAUGAAUGGCUUAACAAAAAUACCAUUAAAGGAAACCAAUACAGAAGCCCUCAUGAAAAGCAGCCCAGAAGAACGAGAAAGAAUGAUCAAACAACUUAAAGAAGAAUUACGAUUAGAAGAAGCAAAACUUGUUUUGUUGAAAAAAUUAAGACAAAGUCAAAUGCAAAAAGAAGCCACUACCCAGAAGCCUACUGGCUCCUCUGGGAAUGCUGUGGCCACCCCUCCCCCCCUGGUACGGGGAACACAAAACAUUCCUGUUGGCAAGCCAUCUCUUCAGGCCUCUUCUACUAGAAUACCAGGCAAUGUUAUUCCCCCUCCUCUGGUCCGGGGAGGUCAACAGACAUCUUCAAAGCUGGGGUCUCAGCAGAACACACAGAUAGUGAUGCCCCCUCUUGUUAGAGGAGCACAGCAAAUCCAUAACAUCAGGCAGCAUUCCAGCACAGGGCCACCUCCUCUACUUCUGGCACCACGGGCAUCUGUUCCCAGCGUGCAGAUUCAGGGUCAGAGAAUUAUACAGCAGGGUCUCAUCCGAGUUACCAAUGUCCCCAACACUAGCCUGCUGGUAAAUAUCCCACAGGCCUCACCAACUUCAAUUAAAGGUACAACAGUCACGUCUGCUCAGGGUAAUGCAACUACCACGGGUGUUGCAUCCAUAGUGAAUGCCAAUGAUUCACCAGCCAGCCGGCAAGCUGCUGCAAAGCUUGCCCUACGCAAACAGCUGGAAAAAACGCUGUUAGAGAUUCCCCCUCCUAAACCACCUGCACCUGAGAUGAAUUUUCUACCCAGCGCAGCCAACAAUGAAUUUAUAUACCUAGUUGGAUUAGAGGAAGUGGUACAAAAUCUCUUAGAAACUCAAGGCAAAACUUCAACUGCAACUUUAUCCCAUGAGCCUUACAUGUGUGCUCAAUGUAAGACUGAUUUCACCUGCCGAUGGCGAGAGGAAAAAAAUGGAACCAUUAUGUGUGAAACUUGUAUGACAUCAAAUCAGAAAAAGGCACUAAAGGCUGAACAUACCAAUCGCCUGAAGGCUGCAUUUGUGAAGGCUUUGCAGCAAGAGCAAGAGAUUGAACAGCGGAUAUUACAACAGACCUCUUCUCCGGUGCAGACCAAGCCAGAGCCAAUGACCCAACAUCAUUCACUGAAACAGACUUCUAGCCAGCUGGCCCGAGGCCCCCCAGGGGCGCCCAGAGGAGUCUUACACACAUUUAGUCAGUCACCUAAACUGCAGAAUACAGCAACUCCUGCAGCACUUGUUACCAGGCCAGGUAAGCACGCCGAGAGACCUGUCAGCAAAGGCAAUGCUACCACCAACUGGAAGAAGACUCCCAUCAAUACAGGUGGCGCUCUUACUUUUGUUAACCCUAGUUUAGCAGUACAUAAAAGUUCUUCAGCAUUAGAUCGUCAGCGUGAAUAUCUGUUAGACAUGAUCCCACCAAGAUCCAUCCCUCAGUCUGCCACAUGGAAGUAAUGCAAAGCAAAGCCCAAGUGGAAGAUUUCCCUCUUUCUGCCAUCCCUUUUUUAUGCCACAGUACAGUGUGGGACCUGCUUUAGUCCAACAGCUGGAUAUGCCCUCUCCCCUUUUUUGAAGGAAGCAAGAUGACCAAUUCUCAACUUCAAAGUGCUACUGCUCUCAUAAUGAAUAUGAGAAUAACAGCUGGGUUGUGGAAACAGAACUUUUUGAUACUUUGGCUAGAAAAUUCUCAAGAUUGGCUGGUGGUAAAGGGCAGAGGGGUGAAAUCAACAUUACUUUGGUUGGGGGGGGGGUUACGUGGGGUUUUUUGUUUUUGUUUUUUGUCUUUAGUUUCACAUCACCAGCACAAAAUUGGGACUAAAUGGACUUGUUCUGCCUUUGGUUUCUUUCACAUUAGUACCUUGCCAGUCACAAGAACAUGUGAGAUGCACUGGAGACCAAGAAUGCCCUUGUGUGAAUAGUGAAAACAGAACCCAGUGAUUACAGAUGUGUUUAGUGGGUUGGAUUUUAUUUUAUUUUAUUUUUUGUCUUCCCCCCCAUUCUCCCACCCAUUUCUGACUGCCUCCCCUCACGGCAAUCUUACAGAUUGAAAUAUUUUUUAAUCGGCUCGUAAUAAUGGAGUUAGUGAUAAAGAAGUGCAAACUCAAGUAUUCCAGUUGGACAUGAUUCCUCCUGGACCGGUUUGUGCUCGGGAAGGCACCAUUAAUAGGAAUCCAUGGCGUAGACGUCUUAUUUUCAGCAGAAUUUGUUGGACAGACUUCAUAAGAAGCUCGGAGGUCUAGCCCUGAAAUUAUUGAACGUUGAGCAGCUGCUGCCUCAGCCACAUUCCUCCAGCAGAGAGCAUGUUGCUUACUUUUAAGUUUCCAGAAACUAGGACGCUUAUCAAAAAGAACAAAACAAAAAAACUGAAAAAUAAAACAAAACUAGAAACUCAGGAAAGCUGCAUGCUAUUGAAAAGAGUGAGGAGAUAGAUUGUGGCAAAGCCAAGAAGGUUGGUUUGGGGUGGGGGUUGGGUAUGGGGGGGGGGAUUUUUAUUUUGUUUUUCUUUUCCUACUGUUUGUUAUUGAUGGAGAGAACUGUGAGUUAAACCUAGUGUGUGCUCUUGUCAAGUGACAACAGCAAACACCAAUGGGUAUGCUUUAGGUAGUGUAUAAAAGACUACCUAGUCCUGAAUAUUUUUUUUUCCUUCCUGCCCACCCAUCUCCUUUAAUCCAUACAUACCAAGCAUGUUCCUUCCAUCACAUCACUUCAGUGUUUCAUUUUGGGUAGAGCUUUAGAUACCCCAUCUUUAAAGUCAGGGUUGCCUACAUUGUUAGUUUUGAGUUCUUCCUUUUAGUCUACAGAAACAUUGAGAAGGAUCGAGUCUACUUUUCUUAUUCUCCUUCAGAUUGUUCUAAAGUGGCAGAAAUUACCUAAUUUUUUUUUAAUGGUGCCAGAAUUAGUUCUGAUAUGAAUGCAUCACUAUAUGUAAAUGUGUGUACAUGUAUAUGAAUAUAUGUACACACAACAUAUAUACAAUGUAUAUCUAGAUAUACAAAUGUGUAUGUGUACACACACACACACACACACACACACACACACGUAUGCAAGGGGAUUACUGGCAGAUUUCCAUUAGUCUGAUUUUUUUAUUGGCCACAGUUAGGUGUUUAAUUUAAGAACAUUCUGUAGGGCAUCCCUCUUGAAAUCCCAACUAUUGCAUUCUAAUAAAAAGCUCAUUUUAACCCCCCCUUCUGUUGUGUGAAUACUAUCACUGUUUAGAUAACUUUGAUAUAUGCAGUAGAAUAGAAAACCUAGUUUUGCAACAAAAAAAAAUUAUUUUUUUUUUGGUGGUUGUUGUAUAAAACCCUAGAAUUCACAUUUGAUUUUUGUUUUGAGUGUAUGAUGAGUUAGGAUGUGAGAGGUGGGGGGAGGUGAGGAGGGUGGUGCUUGGGGUUAUUUUCCAUUCCAAGUUAGGAUGAGAUUUGGGAUUUAAGGGGAAUAUAUACAUUCAGGAAAACAAAGGUGCAUUUUUGCAUCAUAAUAUCAAAUUAUGCAAGUAUUUCUAUGGGGGUGGGGAGUGGGGGAGGAGGGGGCUUAGGGGGCGUUGUGCCUGGCAAAUAAAUUUCAGUCUUAUACCCUCUUUGAGCUAACUAGCCAUUUCUAUUUUAUGAUAUGAGCCAAAUUGUGUGUCUGAGAUAGGGGAUGUUUAAAAAAAAUAAUAAUCCCCAGGCCUCCUGGACUUUAAAUGAAGAAAAUGUUAUUGAUUGUACCUUUUGGUUUUGAAUUGCUGUGCCUAUGUAAUGAAACACCUUUGUGAAGGAAGGCAAGAUUAAUAGCUGUAUUGGGGGAGAAUAAAAAUUGAAUUAUUGGGGAAAGAACUACCAUAUAGAAAAAUUGUUAUUGAAAGAGACAGCAAUAUUGUUUAAAGAGCCUUCAGUGGUUCAGAGGAAAAGUAUUUAAUAAAACAUCAGUUUAGCAAUUUAAAAGAAAAUACCCAGGGCAAAAAGCUUAUAUUCUGGAUGGGGUCCAUACUUUGGUUCAGAAAUGGAGUUUUCUAACUUCAUUUUCGUUUAUUCAGUAUGUGUGCUGUGGUAUAAUUAAAUCCACAUAUACUAUUAGAAACUUAAUACAAAGUUAUUCCAACUUCAGAGCCACUGAAAACUAGACAAUUUGAAUGUUCUUUUAUCUAAAGGUCCUGGAAGUUGUGCAGACCAUUUAAGUAAUAAUAACAAAAAUAGCUAACUUUUAUAUAGCACUUUAAGAUUUGCAAAGUGCCUUACUUGUGUAUUGUCCUGUGUGAAUUACUUGGGACAAAGUAAAAAUAUUUAAAUUUAUUGACUUUCUUUGAGUUUAUAAGAUAUUGACACAUUCUUUAUCAUGAAACAACACUUUUAUUACAUUGGAUGUUGUGCAUAACUUUAAACAAUCCAUUUUCCCAAGACUUAGCAUUUAGCUUGUAGCUUUUCAGUAGACUUUUAAUUUGGGAAAAUUUGUAGGCCAUUGUUGUAUGUUUAUCUCCCAUCUCUUGUGCUCAAUUUUUGGUGACAUGUGACAUUUGAUAUGUGGCAUGGUACAGAGCCACAUUGCAAUAUUCCACGUCUUUUUUGGGAAAUUUCCAGAUUCUGGAACAAUUCUGCUUCUUAAAAUAACAAUAGUUAUCAGCAAUUCAUCAUUCCUUCAGUAAGAACAAGACUUUCAGGUUCACUGGAAGUGAAAAAUAAAAAUCCCCAAAGUAUUUUUUGGGGUGGCUGUUUUACAGUCUAGUGAAAAUGUUCAAAUCUUAUAGGCUCUGAAUUUUUUUUCUGACAACAGUUUCAGUAUAACUUUGAUUGAAAGAGUUCAUUUCAUUAGUUAAAAUCACCUUUUUCCAAUCUCCAGUCCUUUACUUUUUCUUGCCCAUAAUAGGCAUUUUUUCUAAUGGCAAAGGCACUACAGCAGCUGGAAAGUAGGGAAUGGGGGUGGAAAUGGUGUGUUUUUGUUUGUUUGUUUGUUUCAUUUUGUUUUGUUUUGCACUGGUCAUCUUGCUCUUCUUCCACCUUCACAAAACCUGUUUGAAAUUGUAGAAGAAUCAAUAACCACCUUUCUAGCUUCCAGGGACCUCAUGAAGGUCAGUGCUUAUUUUCUGAGGAUUGUCAGGCUGCUUUACAGGAACAUUUUGUCAGAAGUGUUGUUUUCAUUUUCUGUCACACUUCUCUUUAAACUUCAAGGCAUCUGAUCCUUGUUUUAUUAGUGAUCCUUGCAAUGCUUUGCUUCUCCACAUUAAUAGCUAUUGGCGUCUCUAAUGAACAUUGAAGUAUGUCUUUAAGAGCUACAAUGUUUGCAUUUUCUUUAUCCAUUUUUUAAAAUUACAAAAUUAAAAACACAAGAAAGCAGUGAAAUGUGUAUGUCACAAAAUCCAGCACUCCUCUAGCAGACAAAUAAACUAAAGAUUAGAAAACCUCAAUUUGGUUUCAUUUGAUCAAGGUCAAAUGAUUAUGUCGACUUGGUGUCAGUAGAAGCACAAAUGGAAAACUAUUGCUUGUUCCAAGAAAUUUAUACCACUGUACAUUAUCUAAUUUAUUACUUGCCUAAUCUUUUUUUUACCCAUUUUACAAUUGAGGAAACAAGCUUAGAGACAUUAGUUAGAUUGCUCGGUGUUCAUCUAUUAGUGGUAGGAUUUUAAUUUGAUCUCUGACUUCAGUUCCAGUGCUUGUUUGACUAUACCAUGCUGCUUUUAUAUAUUACAAAACAUGAUUUCAUAAAAGUUAUAUUAAUUGGAACAUAAGCUCAAAGUUGGAAAGAUUGUGGGAUUGUGCCUCAGUGCCUAUAUUCUCCAUAGGUCUGAUUGAGAAGUGUUUUAUACUUUAAAGUGGACUCUAUUGUUACUCUUACUGCAGCAGAAUCAACCCCUUUAGGUCUAAUUUAAGCCGUUUUCAAUUAAGCAUUAAUAUGAUUUAAGACAACAUUUUACUUUAAGAGAAAGUUAAGAGUGAUACAUAUAUGUUAUAUUAGAGAUGAGAAUAUUAUAUAUGAGACUCAUUUUAUAUAUAUAUAUAUAUAUUUACACAGACAUAUUCUCUAGAAAAAAUAAAUGAAAGAGUGCUUGUAUAUUGUGUAUGUAUGUGUGCGUGCAUAUGUGUGUGUGUCUGUAAUCUUUCAGUUAUUUUUUCUGAAAAUUUUUCCAUUACUGAAAUGUAGUUUCCCUAUGUAGUCUCUUUGUAAUUCCAGUCCCAAUUAUACUGCUUAAUUAAUAGUGUGAUUUUGAGAAAGUUACUUCUCUUUGAGAAUGUUUCCUUAUCUGUAAAAUGGAAGAAUUGAGCUAGUUAAUGAUCUUCCAGAUCUAAAAGUCUGUGAUUCUGUGACAUAAAACCAUCUUGUGUUAAAAGAAAUGAGUGCCCUGCUUGUACAUAAACCUGACAUUGGUUAUUCAUUUUUAAGGAGAAGCAGCUCUCCAAAUCCCUUAAUCCCAACAUCAUUUUUUAUUGAUUAAGCCGCAAAUUAUUAGAUGUUUCCCCAGAACUUUUUGCUCCCCAAGAAGAGAGAGGAAUAUUUUUCAAGCCAUACUUUCAUACUUUUGGGAUCCAUGAUUUUAUCUGUCUGAGUGCUUUCUUUAACAAAGCUGAUCAAGUUCCCUCUACUUAGUUGAUAGCCUUUCUGAGUUAUUGUGGCUGAAAAAAAAUUACCUGAUGGCCAGUCUUUUGGUGACAUGCCUCUGAAAACAUAAGCCUGUCCUUGGAUAACAGGCUCUGAUUUCAUUCAUCACCUGUCACCAAUCCUAAAUAUGAAGCCUUCCAGCUUGCACUCCAAUUGCACAGCCUUCAAGAACCCAGGGUCACUUCCACACCAUGAAGAGACAUUAGACAAGGACUUCAGACAUAGAUAAUCUCCAAUUUCUUUGGCUUGGAGACUGCAGGAUUUAAGUGAUAAUGGCAAUGAUUAACUCAUGUAAUGGACUUGAUGGAUGCAAUGUAUGAAAUAAAGCCCUGACUUCAAUUUGAA